AUGGACGGAAAACAAACAUCUGAGCCAGCAGUCGUGCUGCCAGAGUUCAUCUCUUCAACUCCAGAAACAUGCAGCGCUGAAACUUCAAGAGGUGCAGCUAUCACAGAUGGCAGCCGAAGAACCGCCGACGGCACUUUGGUAGGUCCAGUGAAGAAACAUGGAGGCAAGUGUCACGAGUGCACCGUGUGUGGGCGGCGCUUUACAAGGAAGCAGUAUCUGGACGAUCACCGGAUCUUGCACACGGGCGAGAAGCCACACGUCUGCCCAGUAUGUGGCCGCAGUUUCGCCCAGCGCAACGGUUACAUUCACCACCAGCGCAUCCACACAAAGUGGAUGCCCUACGCGUGCGAGCUUUGCCCGUCCAAGUUCUGCAGGAAGGAAUCCUUGAACAGACACAAGCAGCUACACGCAAGUGGAGUGGAGCUGUACCACUGCGACGAGUGCAGCAAGGUGUUCACAUCGAGGUUGGUGCUUCAGAGGCACCAGUGGUGGCACAAGGGGGAGAAGCCAUACCCGUGCCGUCUGUGCCCAGCCACCUUCGUGUAUAGCAAAGAUCUAGACAGGCAUUCUCUGGUGCACACUGGUGAAAGGCCGUACACCUGUUCUGUGUGCCACAAAAGCUUUGCGUGGAAGAAAAACCUCAAACUGCACAUGCACCGUGUGCACAGCGGACCUGUUGAAAGUGUGGCCAGUGUUAUUGGCAUCGCAGAGCUUACACAAUCAAGAGACGAAAAAAUUUUUCGGAUGCUGCCUUGUGCUGACAAGGAAUUCUCGUGUCACCUGUGCCCAGCCGUCUUCGAUUGCAGCAGUGAUAUGGACAAGCAUGUGGUGGUGCACAUUGGUGAAAGGCCGCACGUCUGUCCUGUGUGCCGGAAACGGUUCGCUUGGGAAAAUAACCUUGUAUUGCACAUGCGCCGGAGGCACGGUGGAGUCAAGACAAGCGUGACAGCUGCCAACAGCAGUGGCGAGUCAACACUGCCGAACGACCUGCCAUCCACGCUAGCUCCCGAAGUGACAAGCACUAACAAGAUGGAAGAAUCAAGUAGACCUACAAGCAUGCUUGCUCCUAUUAGUGCAAAUGUUGACAUCAAGGCAGAACCGAGCAGUCCUGGAACAACACCUCCUCCUAAUAGGUCAAAUGUUGACAUCAAGGCGGAACCAUGCAGUCCUGCAGCCUCGCUGCCUCCUGUCAUGACAUGCACUGACAUCAAGGCAGAACCAAGUAGCCCUACGACCAGGCUGCCUUCCAUGUGCGUGGAGUUGUGUCCUCGAGCCAUCUGCGCUGUUGAACCUGGCGCCAUCGCAAGCCCUCUUACGCGCUCCAUCCAGCACCCCACCGCUUACACAUACAAGCUGCCGUAG